AUGCUGUUUCCAUCUUCGCAACCGUCACAUAUACCAUCAUCUACUAUUGAUUCACAAUAUGAUACAACAACAGGUUAUUCAUCAUCGUCGUAUACACGAUGGCCACGAUCACUUGGUAAAAAUUAUAAUGCUGCUAGGACUAGUAAUUCUUCGUCACGUCGACGUCAUCAAUUUCCAAAUGAACCAUGUUCAGAUAUUUUACAUUAUCAAUAUGCACGACAACAACAACCAAUCUAUUCAAGGAUCAGUCCACAACGAUCAUCAAUAAAUAAUAUUUUGCCGUAA